GAGACCCAAUCGCAAACUAUACCGUCCAAGAUCAGUCAGAGAGACGUCUCGUAGAAGGAGAUCAAGGCGAAGAACAUUUUUGCUGGAAAUAAAAAGGUUAAUUGAGACCGGAGAAUCAAAAUUUGCUUGACGAAUAAGGCAAAGAAGCAAAAAUCUAACCCCAAAUCGUGGGGUUGCAUCUGAAACCUACAUUUUCAUUUUCCGACGAUACUAUUUCGUGGAGAAGCUGUGCAAUACGGAAGAUCCAAGUAAGGUUUCGCGAUAUUUCCAUCGAAAUCGAUGGAACCGUCUUCCUCUGGAUCACCCGAACCUCUACAGAAAGCCGUUCCGAGGCUGGCUACAGUCGGAUGGCGAACUAUGUUGAUCUUCAAUCUCGGUCUUGCAGCUUUUAUAUUCGCUAAAAAACGAGAAAGGGACAUUGAUGCGGGCGAGAAGAUGGGAGUUAAAAAGGGAACUAAAGGUGUGAAAAAGGGAGUUGCUAACACCGAAGUCGAGAACAAAGCUGCAGAGAACAGCGCAUUUGCAGAAACCGAUGAGGCCAAGAAACCAGAAACUGCAACAAUGCCGGAGAAGGAAGAAGCCAAACCGAUCACUAGACCAGACCCUCUGUUUGAAUUCACAGAUGCAGCUGCCGAGUUGGUGUUUCAAACUGUGACAACUGAGCCUGUAAAAGUAGCAAGGAAACCGAUUCCAGAAGACGAGCAAAGAGAGCUCUUCAAGUGGAUCUUGGAAGAGAAGAGGAAGAUGGAACCAAAAGACAGGAAAGAGAAGAAGAAAAUCGAUGAAGAGAAAGCUAUCUUGAAACAGUUCAUUCGCGCCGAGAGGAUUCCCAAAUUUCUCCCUGAUGAUUCUGUUGAUUCUUCGCUUCGCGAUUGGGACAAAUUCUUCUCCAAGUAGAGAUAUAUACUACUACAGUGUACUUGGUUUUUUUGUUUGGUACACUGAAAGACCAUUGCCUUUUAUUUAGUUCUUGAUUGUUGUUAACUCUAAUCAACGAAUAGUAACAAAAGUUUUAACGU